CCCCUCCCUCUUUGUGUCUUCUAUGCAUUUUCUGACUUAUCCCUCUCUCUCUCUCUCUCUUCUCUCUCUCUCUCCUCUCUCUCUCUCUCUCCCCCCCCCCCCCCCUCUCCUCUCCCCCUCUCUUUCUUGUGUUUAUUUUUUCAAGGUGUUUUUCGAUUUUAUGAACUAGGGUGGGUGUCGAAGGAAGAGUCUGUGAGCCAUGGUUCUUUUUCCUGGCUCAGUCAGUCGUGUUUACCAGAACCUGCUGAAAUACCGCCCAACAGUUUUGUCUCCUGCAACAAAAUUCUCUCUCUCUCUCUCUCCCUCUCUCCCUCUCCCUUCUCUUGUUUUAAAUGUUGUCAUUGUUGUGUGUCUGUUAUCAGGGUGUUUGUGUUCUCUGGGUACUGCAACUCUUGGGGGUUUUCAGGUUUGCUUGACUAUGGUGAUCCGCCUUACACCCAUUCAGAUUGUGAAAUUGCAACAAAAAAAAAAACAUGUACAAUUGUGUCUGGAACGUUUGUGCAAUCUGUACACUCUUUUCAACUACACAAAGCUUAGUUAGGUGACGCAGCGACAGGUAAGGGGACUACAAGUCCUAGUAGACAGCAGACGCAUCACCCAAAACACUCUUUCCUUUAGUGUUAACUGCUGUGUCUUUUGAUAUCGAAGUUUUGGGUGAGUAUGAACAGCCUCAAAGUCAAAGUGUUGUUGCCAAAUCCCCUGAAACUCUCUUUUUUUUUUGUGUAUCUCGAUUUUUUUUUUGUCUCUGUGUGCUUUUAGUAGCGAUGCCGCCCCCGUGAGUCGCUUGUUUCAGUAGACAUCAGUAUGAAAAGCUCUAUCCCGGACGAGGCUAAAGCUUUGUCGCUGUUGGCGCCGGCAAACGCAGUAGCUGGAAUCCUACCUGGAGGGGGUCUUCUUCCAACACCCAACCCGAUGCCCAACCAGCAUAUGGGAGGGAAUCCUUUCGGCGGUCCGAACAUGGAUGCAAUGGCUGCUUUUGGAUUUCCUGGUCCCAACAUGAAUCCCCAGGCUGCCGACCAGCUUCUAAAGUUCAUGACUGAUCCUAAACUCAAUCCCAUGGCAGUCAACAUGAAUAUGAAUGCCACCAUGAAAGCCGACGCAGCCGACAAAGAGAUCGAGGAUGCUAUGAAGCGAGUGAGGGAAGCCCAGUCCCUCAUCUCCGCAGCCAUCGAGCCGGGAAAUAAGGAGAGCAAGAAGAAGCACUCGCGAUCCCGCUCCAAGUCGAGGAGGAGGAGAUCCAGAUCGCGUUCACGGCACAGGCGUUCCCGGAGCCGAUCGAGGCGACGCUCCAACUCCAGGAACAGGCGGCGCUCCAAGAGCCCCCGGCGUUCCCGGAGGUCCCGCUCCCGAGAGCGAGGUCGAAGGUCACGCAGUAGAUCCAGAGACCGAAAGAAGGAGGAGUCAGCACGGAGGAGAUCGAAAACGCCGCCAAAGAGCUACAGCAUGAGCAGGAGAUCCCGCAGCGCGAGCACGCGGAGACGCAGGAAAAGCCGCAGCACCAGCCGGUCGCCAAAGAGGUCCCCUAAGAGAAGGGUCUCCCGGUCCCCGUCUCUGAGAAGACACAAGAAGGAGAAGAAGAAGGACAAGGAGCGAGACAGAGAGCGCCGGAGCGACAAAGACCGCCUCCGCGAGGAGCGCGAGCGAUCAGCCAGUAAGAAGAAGAAGAUGAAGGACAAGGACCGAGAGCGCGAACAGCGAGAGAGGAAGUCCGACGGAGAGAAAGGCGAUGUAAAGUUGCAGAUCACAAGGAACUACGACGAGGAGGAGCAAGGCUACGACAGCGACAAGGAGAGGAAGGAAUCGGAUGACUCCGGCAUGUCGCCUCACUCGGUGGACGGCCGCAGCAACGGGCGCAAGCAUGCCAAGGUCAACGGCGGCCUCCAUGCCGACGAGAUGGACGUCAGCGACUGAGUGGGAGCUAAGUUGGAAGUGCCUUAAGGCCGAGUUAUAGUUCCACGUCGACGCAACGCAAGGGAGUUUACGGAUUCAUCACGUCCUUGCGGACCCUCCUUGCGUCCAGGGCCUGACGUGCGCCUCCCAAAAAUUGUAACCUUGCGUCGUGGCGACGCGGCAGCAAGGGCUGUGAUUGGUCCGCUCACUAAAACCCGACACAGAACCAAAACAGGUUCACGUCAGCGUGGACCUUCCGUUGCGUCGACGUGGAACCAUAACUGAGCCUUUAGGGACUCGACACUGUGUUUUAACCCCCCUCCCCCCCAUUUACGUUUGUUGUUGACACAGGUUAUGUCAGUGUUUUUGUUCCCUCCCACUCGUGAAUUGAAGUCAAAACCUGAAUUCUGCUUCGAGAUGUGAUCGGUGUCCCUCACGCGACAGACCACUCUUCCGCCACUGGAUAGAAACGAGAUUGUCAUUUCUAUAUACGGUUCAAACUGAUGACGUUUUCAGAAGUAGCCCCCUUAUUCUUUUUUUCCUCCUCUUCGGAUAUUAUCUAUAACUGCAGUCGCUAUUUACGUUAUUUUUUCUUGAGCUUGUGAUUACGAGUUUUCAGUUGCUGUGACAUCCAUGUGAAGUUGUGCAGAGCCUUUGUUUAGUGCUACUCCUUCUCCAGCAUCUAAUCACCAUGUUGCUGCUUUGCUUGUUGAAGUUUGAACAUGUUUUAUCAUUGGUUUUAUAUAAAAAGACUUCCAAGGGAA